CUCGAGGCGUUUUUGUUCCGCUUCUUCGAGAACAAGACGCAUGCUAGCUGAACUUGCAUGCAGGUGGCAUCAACGGCUUCCAAUCAUCCAUCAUCCAUCAACUAAGAGAACAGCAUCUGGUGUUGAUUGACCCUACCGUAGGCCACUUGACACACCAGGCAAAUCGUACCCCUACCCUUAUCCAAGCCAUAAAGUACCUACCGAUAACAAAUAAAGGAACGUUCGGAGUUUGAACACACACUCCGAAGUGCCGAUCGAUUUCGCAAACGAGGUGGUUACUCGUAACACAAGCAGGGUUCGAUAGAUAAUCCGCAAUCGACAGGCAAAGGCUUGGAUUCGUUCAUCGGCAGUCAUCGGAAGCAAGUAGAUCGGGUAUAGCUCGGCUCGUCACUGCACAACAUAACAGGCAAGCGCGAACGCCAAAAAUGGAAAACACCGGCAAUGGCUGCAGACGUAGCCACGACAACCCCUCCUCCAGUCCCAUGCACAUCGGCAUGCAAGGAGUUGGUCUCAAUCCGUUUUCGGCGGACGAGAUCCAGGAGUUGAUGGGGCUGAUUCCCGGCAGUGAUCAACACUCCCACCCCGGGACAGCAGCACAUGCCCAUUCGCAUUCCUCUUUGUCUCAUGCGCAUGCGCCUUCGCCUCUGCCGCAUGCCAACAGUCUCGGAAACGACAUGAGCGUUGGGGUGCACAAUCCCCUCCAACUAGGCAACAACAAUACGAACCAAGGCAGCAACAUGAGAGCAGCCGCAUCCCAUGCCGCCGAGAUGGGCUUGGCUUCUCUUCCGCCCCACCCCGGCCACGGGAUGGUCCAGCCAACGUCGUCCCUAUCGUCCAUGCCGACCAUCGGCAACGGCAAUCACGCAACCUCAAACAGGAGGCACAGCAGCGGAAGCAACACCAGUACGGCUAUCGACGAGGGAAGCAAGAGCCAGGCGCGUUCCGAGCGGAAACGAAGCCGUGAAAAACAGCGCCGGACCGACGUGAACAAACAAUUUGGUGAACUCACGGAAGUCCUCAAGCGCAUCGAAGCGGAAGAGCAGCAGAUGCAGCAGGAGCGCGCGGCGCGAGAGGAAGCCGGUGUCGACGGGGCUGUCAACAACGGCAACGGGAGCCAGUCGUCGUCCUUGUCGUCGUCGCGCAUGAUCCUCCCGCCCUUUUCACCGACCAACCGGGUCGAUCUGAUCGCGCGUACCAUAGCUCAUCUCGAGCGCCUCAGCCACCUGACCAAGAAACAGGUCCACGAGAUCAAGGCGCUGGACGAUCAACUCAAAUCAGCGCAAAAAGCGGGCGAAGAUACGGCACAGAAACUCAAGGAGGCUGUUUUCCAUCAUCAGCAGCAGGCCACCGUCCACAUGGGCAACAACACCGGCGGCAUGAUGAUGGCCCCCGGAAUGAUGGGGCAACCGAUGAAUUCGAUGUUCAAUCCCAUGGCGAUGGCGAACGGAACGAACGGAAUGAUGUCGAUUCAGCCACAGAAACAGCAGGUGAGAUCUGUCUUUGUGCAUUCUUUGAGCAGCGCUUGGUCAUUCGCUGAUUUAUUUCGUGGUGUACUGCGAUUCGAUGCAAUGAUUACGGGUUUGAUGGAGAAAAACUCCACCAUCUUCUUUUACUUGUAUCUCAUGAUUUUAACAUUUCUGAUAAUUUUUUUUCUGCUUUUGUUUUGACAACAACAACAAAAACAGAUGAUGAUGAUGGUUCCUAUGAUGAUGCCGCCGCAAGGAGGAGCCCCGGGGACACCCAUGAUGCCAACUGGCAACCAACCCUUUAUGAUGAUGCCUCAGGUGUUCUUGCCAUCGCAACAGCAGCAACAACAAAAGCAGCAGCAGCAACAACAACAACAGCAAGCCUCMCCGGCAGCGACUACGAAUUCCACGGUUGGUGGAACCACCAGCGCUGCUCCCUCCUCGUCCACCAACCCGCCGGUCGCCGCAUCUGUCUCGGUUUCCAGCAACCCCGUUCCUGCCCCCGCUCCCGUUGCACCACCCGCCGUCCCCUGCACGCAGCAACAGCAGUUGCAAACCCAGCAAGCUAUGAUGAUGCAACAGGCCAUGAUGAUGCAAUCGAUGCAACCCAUGAUGCAACAGAUGCAAAUGAUGCAGCAAAUGCCACAGGCACAGCAAACUGCGCAUACGACUGGUGCAAUGCCGCCGCAGCAGCAGCAGCAGCAGCAACAGCAGCAAAUCCUUUACCCAGGACAGCAACAAAUGCAACAGCGGCAGUCUACUCCGAUCAUGCCGGCCCCCGUUGCUCCACCAGUAACCACUGCGGGUAUGGCAGCUUCUCAGCAGCAACAGCAGCAGCAACAACAACACCGGCAUCCUCCACAGGUACAGCACCCUCCACUAGUCGCUGCUGAUAACAACACUGGCGAUUCUGCGCAGUCUUCGUCCCAACAGCAGCAACAAGACGCGAAAUCGCAGCAGACUACCGAGGCCGAUAGCUAUGCUUAUGCGGCGUAGUGCAACACAAUAAUAUGAUGUUUUGUUCACCGAAGCAAUGAGUGGACGAAAAUAAUCACAUCAGCGUUGCGAUUUUGUGUUAGAAACGGGGGAUGAUACUAUAAAUAUGGAGAGGCUAAUCCAUCACACACGAAAAAGGAAUUCUGCAUGCAGUCGUGACUAGUGACGAUCAAUGAUCGAAGAAACGAACGAAUAUUGAUUGAUCCGAAGGAAAGAAGAAAGAAGAGAACCGAAAAGGAGCAAAGGAAACACUCCUUACUUUCCCAAAGCUUUGAACAUGAGGAAAGCCCUUAGCCUAUGAACGAGAAUCAGCACUCAAUCGGAACACAAAACAAAGACUUUAUCUAGCACCGGUGGGGUCUCUCUUUUUUGGAAAUGUAUACAUGUAGGUAAUUAACGAUAGAAACUUGCAGUAGAUAGGAAGAAAACGUGAAUAAAAAGUACUGUAGUUG